AUGUUUGGAAGAAAUUUGGUGCCGGUUUUAUCACUUUGCCAGAUUGACUUUGCGGGGCAGAGGUGCUGCCAGUUCAGGCACGACCCUUUCCCCUGUCUCCUAGCCCCUAACACGGGCUACGGCUCUGCGGCCUCUGCCCCGCAUCGGAGCACAGCGAGCUCCGCUCUGUUGGGCAGCCCCGGGCAAGGAGGGGGACUAAAAAGCGAAACAUGUGCUGGGGUGCUCCCCGCUAAAGCCCGUUCGUGCUCCCCCCAUCCCUUCCUCCUCCGCGCGUCCGCGCCUCUAACAGCGGCACACUGCGCCCCGCUGGGCAUCACCUCGCAAGUAUCGCUCUCCCCGUCGAGCAGCGCUGAAAUGGUACGGUAUAACGCGAAAGAUCAGUGCGAUGUACACGCGUACACGUAUGUAUCAUGCAUAUUUGUAUGUAUGUACACACACACCCCAUACGCACAGGCCGGUGAGGGGCGGCCGCCGCGGGCGAACCGGAUCUCCCCCCGGGACUGGGGCUGCCAGGUACGGACCCGCCUCCGUGAAGGCUGCGGAGGAGGGGGAGAAUUAACGCAGGAGGAAAAAGGAGAAAGAGGGAGCCCAGAGGGAGCCGCUGCUCAGCAACCCACCCCCAGCUAUGGCUGCGGGGAGCAGCGAGCUCUACAGCCUCCCCCGCGGCCGAUGCCAGGAGCGGGGUUCGGCGCAGUGGGAGCGGAGCGGCCUUGCAGCCGCUCGCCGGAGCUGUGUAGGACUGCGGGAGCGGGCAGGGAAGUGUCGCGGUUGUGGCUGCUGGACAACGGAGCCUCUGCUGCAGCUCAGUUGGGGGCAGAGCCGGCUCCCGUGAGGGGGACAGCCGUGGACUCAUCCACAUUUUCUGGGGCCCGUUUUUGCUCUUGGAAGUGUUUUCAUGUUGUCAAGCCGAGGGUAUCGGGAAGAGUGGUCAAAAUAAAAAAGACCGGUAGAAGGAAAUUGAACUUUGUUUUACUGUUACUCCUCUGCCAGCAAUUUUCCUCUCAACUCAUUUAGGCUUAUUGGAAUGAAAAGUAGUUUUCAUAUGCAUCUUACAGUGGUCUACACCAGUGAACAGUGAGAAAAGGCAUAUUCUGUAUCAUCUCCACUGUUUUCAGCUGCCUAAGGCUGAAGAGCCCCCAGUGGACUUAAGCCUUGGUCUUCAAAGAGUGUUUUGCUCUUCAGGCAAGUUGUUCAAUUCCAUACAUUUCACUAUGACUGGAGUAAUGUGUCUUUAGGAUCCAGGCCAUUAAAUCACUUCCUCAAAAGUAAUGCCCUCAUCUGUGACUCAAGCUUCUGAAUACUCUCCUGGUACAAAUAAGAUGUGACAGUAGGAGCUACAAAGAUGAUGCAUAAGAAGUACCACCUUAGGUGGAACUGUGAAAGAUGGAUUUUUCUGUGUGACACAGUUCCUGGCCUCUCUGAUCUUGCCUCAGAAAUUUGCCUUGAAUCUGCAGCAAACACAGUCAUGUUAUCUUAGCUGUUCUUGGAUGACAGAAGGUUGGUGAAGAAAUAGUUAUAUUCCAUGGUAUUUUGCUUCAAUCCAAUGUAUAUCGUAUGGCUUUCUUCUGAAGAACCACAGAAGAAAAAGCUAUCUUUGCUUUUUAAGUAAACUUCAAAUAGAAGAAAAAAAAAGGCUUUUUUUUUUUUUCAGGGAAAAUUUAGAAAUUCAGAUAAAAUGUCAGAGAUAUACAAUGUAUCAUUACACAAUACUAAAACAGAGGAAUAAAAUAAGUUAGGAUAAUAUUUAUUGUUUAUUGCAUUUUUCUCAUGGAAUUAGAUAACCAAAAAAAGGGUAAUUGCAAGAUUCCUGGACUCAAGGGAAUCUAGGAUUUCUUGUGGGUAUAUAACUGUCACAUCUAACACUGAAAAGAAAUUACAUAUUUGAAAGCUUUGAAACUGGUAAACAGCAAGAAGGGCAUUUAUACACCGGACACCCCAAACCUGCUUUGAGGGAGGGGAUGGCACUGGUGAAAGGAUGGUACCUGAUGACAGGCAUCAUCCCUUGUUAUAACAUCCUUCUCUUUCUCUUUUUCCUGCUUGUAUUGUGCUCACAUGAGCAGAACACUUUCAUUCUGUGCACUUGUGAAUAAAUGUGGCAUUAGUAUUAAGUCGAAGUUUGCUUCUCAGAUUCUCAAUGAUCAUAUCAUCCAUCACAAAGAUUUUAGAUGAACAGAAAGCAAGUGAGAAAGACUUUGGAUCUUCCUUAACAGACCAGUUCCCCUUUGUUUAUGAACUUUCUUAGGAUAAUUCAGAUGGGCUUCCUGGUGCACUGCCCUACAGUAGCUGAUUGGAGGUUGAACUGAAUGCCUAGUCUUCUCUCCUCCUACUUUCAUCUUCCUCAACACAGCAUCUCCUCUUUGUUGGUGGUCGCCUCUCCAUCCUCAAGUUGCCAAUGCUGAAAAAGUGAAGAAUUAAAUUCUUUCAGAGGGAGUUAUUUUGGUUGCUCUAAUGUAGGGCAGUUUAAUCAUUAUUCAUUCCCAUAUAAAAGCAGGCAGCCACCAAUGGGUAGCAUUUUCUAGAAAUCUGCCUAUCUGUCAGACUAGUCAAUAGCGCCCUGAAGACAAAAUUGAACCACUGAGUAAACUAAACAAAAAAGGAAACUGAGUGGACACAGGAGCACCACUUGUUAUUUGCAUAGUUCUUUGUUGGCUUGGCCUUGCAUAUUAAACACAGAUGUGAGUGCUCACUGGGAGUACAACUGUCUAAAUACAAGAAGAGAUCUGAAAAUGGUGGCUGACCCAGCCUGAAUUCUGCAGAGAGAAAUUGUUGCACCAUUUUCAGUAGCAAUUAAAGCUAUUGAAUAUUUUUUUCAAUUAUUUGUAACAGGAAAAUUGUGCUCAGAAUAUAUUAUACAACUGGCCAAUGUUUCUUUAGUUACACUUUUUCUUUAAAAGAGUGGCGAAACACAGUUACAUAAAUGGCAGCAGAUAAUGAAGUGAAUAACAUUUCAAGAUCAUAUUGAUUUCUAGACAAAACCAAAGGAAUGCAUACACCUUUUUUUUCCAGAUAUCCCAAUAAGGAGAAAAAUGCAACUAAUGUCCCAUGAAAAAAUAUAAUUCAAAAAUUAUCUGUAGAGAAGAAGGAAUGGAAGUAAAGAAGAAAAAGCUUUUACUCACAAACAUAUUGUACUAAAAUCAUUACUUCUAUUCUCUCCAAGGACUAACUGUACAAUUCACUCACAAAAUUGACAACUAUUUCGUAAACAGAAGCAAAAUGCCGGAGGAUCUUGAUACCUAUUCAUAGGAGCUAAAAUUUAGCUUCUGAUCUCAUGGGAAAACUACAAAAAACAGAAUUGGGCACCUAAAUUGAAGAUAUGUUAACUCUGAACUGUUCAGAAAAGAAUUCAUAGACUUCCAGUUGCCGCAGACACAAAAUUUCUUGUUAUCCUACUGUUAAAAGAAAAAUUAUUGGUUCUAUUCCAACAGCAAAGUCAUGGCCACUUCAAGAUUUUUAUAUUAAUAUCAGUGUUUCAUGGAGUCAGCAAUAAAAUUAGACCUUUAACAGCAAUACAUAUACUCAAAAGGAAGAUAUUCCCCUUGGAGAAUGAGAAAAUGACAAUUUCAUGUGGGUGCGACUAGCUAUACUCAAUAUUUUUCCAAUGUCACUUUUUUUGGUGAGAAAAUACCACUUUGAGAAAAAUGAAAUUAUUCACAAAAGUUGUUGUGCAAGAGUUCUCUUAGGUCUAAGGUAGACUUAAUGGGCAAGAAAAGAGAAAAAAGUACAGUAUAACUGCAGAAGAGCAAACAGCCCCCUGGCUAGGGUACUCUUCAAGAUGUAAAGAGCUACUUUGUAUUGUAGGAUGUCACUUCAACAGACUUUCUGGGCAUUUAGAGCAGAGUAUCAUGUCAGGAUAGCAUUAGAAGGUAACACAAUGUGCAGGACAGAAAGGGGAGUCAAAACACAUACCAGUAAAUCCUCUAAUCUGGAACCAGUAUCAAGGAUUAUGUAGGUUGUUGGACUGCACGUCAAGUCCAAUAUCCAAGCACAGUUCGAGGGGACCACUUGCUUUAAAGAAAUGCAAAUACAGUUUCAAACUUAGCCUUUUGGUAAGAUGCUAUUUUUCUUUUCUGGGUAGUGUUAUACAGGACAGAAAAUAAAUAAAUUAGCAAAAAAUGUUUUUCAAAAUUACUGUAUGUUGAACAAAUGCAAACAGCAUACACACUUUUAAAAUGUUGACCUUUUCACAGAUCAUUUCUAAGCAGAAGAAAUGGGCAAAUUACUCAGAAGGGCUCCUGUGUACAGUAGCUUGUUAAAAAUUGAAUGUUAAUAAGAGUAGUACUGUCACCUCAAAAAACACCAAAAUGUGCCUCAAAGCCAGCCAACACAUUAAAAUCAGAGAGAAAUGAUUACACAGAAAUAAUUGUGUAUAACUGGAAAAAAAAAAUACAAAUAUUUCAGAUUUAUAUAAUAAAUAGCCAAUUUUCAACCUAAGGUUCUGUAUUGCCAACAAAAAACACGGCCUCAUAAAUAACAAUAUUAUUUAAAAAAAAAAAAGAAAUAAAGAUAGGCUAGUUCCUCCAUGCACUUUCUCUGCUAUGAGACAGAGAAAACAGAAAUGCUAGUUCUGUUUAGACAAUUAUUCACAUGAAUAAAGUAAUUACUCAUGUGAAUAGAAUUUUUCUCCAUUCUUAUGAAGAAAAAAACCCCGCUAGAACCAGGAGAACUCAAAAGCAGCAGCUGGUUAGGCAAGGCAUUUAUUAUAAGAGUAUUCACGCAAAGGAAAAAAACAAAAACAAAAAAAAAAAAUCCAGGUGUCUACUAGUGAGAUAAAAUAAGAUUUGAAUGAUAUUUGGAAGUCAGAUCAUAGAUAAAGUAAAGAACGGUAUGUUUUAUUCAUAAAAGAAAAUAAUUUGGGAGGAAAAAGGAGGAAUUUUGGCUUCUGACAACAAGAUUGAGAGUAAAAUGUUUUGACUAUUGCUUAGUUCAAAAUAGGACCCAAAGUCUAAACUAUCUUCAAAAAAUUCAUAGUUUGUGUCUUUAUUUUAGCUUGAGAAAAUAAAUGAUAAGCUCUGAGGCUAGAAAAACACGCUGAACUGUUUUGUUCUGCAUUUCUGAUUUUAGUGCAGUUGGUUUGUGGGUCUGGUUCCAAGUCUGCUUUGAGCUGCACAAAUGCUUUUUGUGUCCCACUUACCUUAUCCUCACUGGAAGGUUAAGCAGAGCUAAAAGUUCGAGGCAACUUGCACAGCUCCUGUAAGUCAGCCUAGAAAUCAUUCAGUCAUGAUUAGCAAUUUUGGUAAUUUUUGAAGUAGGUUUUAUAUUACCAAGGACUGGGUGACUUGGAUUUUGUACUGUUCUCUUUCUGUGUUAUAACAUGACAUGAACUGUAGCAGAAACAUUACAGAGGAAUUAUUUAGCUGGCUGCAGAUAUUUACUUGGUGUCCACAAUGACAGACUCACCUGGUUCAUCUCUUCAGUGUUUGUUCAGUCAAUGCUUCAGUUCCAUCGAGCCAUGGCAGAGGGAGCCUGCUGCAACCUAUACAGACCUGAAUAGUUACUGCUCCUCAGGCCAUAAACCAAGACAAACUCUGAAGCUGUGGGGAGGGAUGCAGCUAAAGAGUAUCUGGUUUACAGCUUCUCCAUUUGUGAUACCUUUAGUGUCAGGAAAAUCAAAAGAACCAUUUUGUAAUCUGUGUCUCAUUUCAGUUAUGCAUCAUACAUAGUAUUUUUUUUUUUUUAAUUUCUAUGAGAUAUUCUACUUGCAAAUUAAUCAUAUUUGUAGUAGUAACAACCAGUGUUAGAGUUCAGUUAUUUUUUUCAGUGUUGCUUUGAAAUAAAGACAUAUUUCACAUCGCUAUAUCAGUCAAGUGCUAGCCUCUACCGUAGACACAUCAUAAUCUUGUUAGUUAUUAAUGUUAUUAAAAAAUAUUAGAAAACCUAAGAUCUAAUCAAUAAGGAAGUCCUAAUGUGGCAGCCAGUUUACAAAAUAGCAAGAGUACACAGACUCUAACUGAAAGGUAAAAAAUUAAAGCAAUAGGGGUGUAGCACACAUGCUGAGUGAGCAGCAUGAUGACAAAAUUUUCUUCUGCAUUAAAUGGCUAUUGUGAGAAAAAAAAUGAAAGGAGAUUGGUAAAUUAACAAGUACAUGACAGAUUUGAGAUUCUGGAUGCAUGGGCAUCCUCUUGUUACAUCAAAAGAAGUUCGAUGGUUUGUACACUUGGAGAACUUUAUUAUUAUUGCUAAGAGUGUUUAUGUUCUUGUGUUCCAUGCUGGAUAAUACAAUUAAUGCAAAUCCCCAGCAAGUUAGAGAAGCUUGAGGAAAACAAACAAACAAACAAACAGACAGACAGACAGACAAACCACCAACAAACCAUCCUCCAACCCUUUAAAUGGUCUCAUAAUUAUUUAAGAGAUAUGUUGAACAAGCCAUUCAAAGCCUUGAGCUUACACAGAGAUUUGCAUAUAUGAAACAGGCUGGAACAGAGAAUCAGGGAAUUUGUCACUAUAAAUGCUGGGACUCUAUACAGUUGAAGGAUAAUACCUAGUAAGUGGAAAAUGAACAAGUUUUUUUCACAUUUACAUGAUUUUCUUCAAAAAAUUAAUUUUAAAAAAGUGAUAGUAUAAAGGGGGAUGAACAAUGAAAUUUUUAUGUCAUAUUCUGUAUAAAGAGAAAGAACACAGAUAUGUUGGCAAAGGUCAGAUUUCCUUGGCUAUUGAAAAGAGAGGGCAUAGCCUUGUGCUUCUGGUUUUAAGGGACAGGAAUGUAGCUCUAGCACCUGUAGGACUGUCUAAUCAAAAAGUUAACCACUUUCAAGUGAUAUUAAGCACAGAACUGUGACCAGAUGGUUAAAAAGAUAAAAUGGAAGGACAAGAUAUAGGAGGUUAACUGAGUGGGGAUAGAAUCACAGAAUCAUUUAGGUUGGAAAAGACCUUUAAGAUCAUUGAGUCCAACUAUAAACCUGACACUACCAAGUCCACCGCUAAACCAUGUCCCAAAGCACUAUGUCUACACAUCCUGUAAAUACUUCCAAGGGUGGUGACUCAAACACUUUAAUUUAUUACCAAUCAAUCAGAGAAGGGUAAAUAAGAGAUAAUAAAACCAAAUCUUAAAACAUCUUCCCCCUAACCCAUCUCUUCUGCCCAAGCUCAGCUUUAGUCCCAAGUUUCUUCUCCUCCUUCUGAGUGAUGCAGGGGGAUGUAGAAUGGGGGUUGCGGCCAGUUGAACACACAUUAUCUCUGUUGCUCCUUAAUCCUCACUCUUCCCCUUCUCCAGCAUGGUGUCCCUCUCACAGGAGACAGUCAUCUGCAAACUUCUCCAACAUGAGUCCUUCCAAUGGGCUUCCCAAUUCUUCACAAACUGCUCAAGCGUGGGUCCCCUCUGCACGGUGCAGCCUUUCAGGAGCAGACUCCUCCAGCAUGGGUGCCCCAUGGGGUCACAAGUCCUACCAGCAAACCUGCUUCAGUGUGGACUCCCCUUUCCACAGAUCCCACAGGUCCUGUCAGAAGCCUGCUCCAGCCCAGGUCAUCCAUGGGUUUACAGUCUCCUUCAAGCAUCCACCUGCUCUGAUGUGGGGUCCUCCCCAGGCUGCAGGUGGAUCUCUGCUUCACUGUGGACCUCCAUGGGUUGCAGGAGGACAGCCAGCCUCACCGUGGUCUGCACCACAAGCACAGGGGAAUCUCUACUCUGGCACCUGGAGUACCUCCUCCCCUCCUUCUUCACUGACCUUGGUGUCUGCAAAUUUGUUUCUGUCACAUAAUCUCACCUUUGCCUCUGGCUGCUCUUCUGCAGCAGUUUUUUCCUCCCUUUCUUAUAAUCAAUACGUUAUUGCAGAGGCACUACCACUGUCACUGGCCAGCAUCAGGUCUAUCUUGGAGUCAUCUGGCUUUGGCUCUAUCAGACACAGGGGAAGCUUCUAGCAACUUCUCACAGAAGCCAACCCUGUAGCCUCCCUGUUACCAAAACCUUGCCUCACAAACCAGACGUAGUCAGAAACUGUUAACAAUCCAAACUGUUUCCUUGAUCCCCUCAAAGCUAUGUGAGCAAUUGACAUGGUGGAUUUUAGAACCUAACUGAUUAGACUUCAUCUUUUAAAGCAAAAAUGAGUAGAUUUCUGUAUCUGGUUGUCACUACAGAAGUCUAUGAGGUAUGUAUCUAACAGAAAGAAAAACAAGAAAAAUACAAGAAUUCUAGGAAGAUAUUGUAUUUCCAGCAAUAUAUGUCAGUAAAUAGUCAUUCAAAAAGUGGGGGAAAAGUAGCAGGUCCUGAUAUUUAAGCGCAGAAACAUGAGAACAAAAUAUUUAUGUUUCUACAGUUCUAUUUCUUACAUUGCUACUAUUCUCCAAAAUGAAAUGUACUCUUUUCAGCCUUCUCUAACCCACAGGCUCUCUCCCAAACCAAUUCCUUCCUUCUAAAGCUGGCAAAGAAGGAGGAGGAAAAGCCAAGAGACAGAAAUGAUCAAAAAAUUGUAACUGACAGAAAAUGGCAGUUAUCAAAAGCCAAAACGAAUUGUUGACUUUCUGUAAAAAUGCAAGUUGAAUCUUUCUGAGCUUACAUUUAUGGAAUUAUGCAUAACGAUAAGAUUUGCUUGCACAUUUUAAUUAUUUUUUUUCAUUGCUUUGUAAAAUAGCUGAUUUUUUUUUCCUUUUGUGUUACAUGUUUCCAAAGUACAGGAUACACACUGUUAAUGACAGAAGAACAAGAAGCAAACUGUUGGGGUUUUAUUUUGCUUCAUCUCUUUUCUUAUGAAUAAACCUCCUGGAACUUAAAAUUUUGAAGUAUGAUCUAAUGCAAAAUGUUAAAAUGAUUUUUUUUUUUUUUUUUAAUGUAAAACAAAGCUAAACCUGCCAAAUUUCAUAUAACUUGCCUCUACUUAACUCAGCUUUUUCCUGCUUACUACCCUUCCUCCCUGGCUAUGAACACCUCCUAUUGAGCUAAGCCUGGUGUUCAACUGUUAUUUCUCAGAUUACUUCUUUUUCCUACCCUAAUCAAGGUUUUCAUGUGCCAUUGAAUUAUUAAAACAUUGAACAAAUUCUAAGGCCAGUGUAAGAUUCAAGGAAGCAUAAUUAGCAUUACAUAAAAAUGAACUGUUGGAGAGAUAAAUUAUUACAGUUUGUAUGAUGCUGAAAGACCAUAACGAAAGUCUUUCAGAUUGAAUUCUGCUAUUUUUUCCUAAAUUCUAUUGAAACUGGCAGGAGGUAAAAGCAUGGAAGUUUUAUUUUUCCAUUAUCUUCCAUGGCAGCAAGCCAUCUGCAAAGGAAAUGAAACAGAUUCAAAACGGGCAGAACACACUGCUACAGGAUAUCACUCCAUGAAAACAUAAUACAGAAUAAAAUAAGCAGAUAUUAAAUAAUUUAUCAAUGCUAUCACAUGACAGGUGAAUAGCAGCAUCAGAUGUGGACUCAAUUCUCCCUGCCCUGGUUCCUUUCCUAAUACCUUUGUGCCCCUUUUUGAGGAUGGUAAUUAUAGAAUCACAAUUGGAGGGACCUUUAAACGUCAUCUAAUUCAACCCUUCUGCAAUGACCAGGGCCAUCUCCCACUACAUCAGGUUGCUCAGAGCCCCGUCCAACCAGACCUUGAAUAUUUCCAGAGAUGGGGUAUAAUAAUGGUAAUAAUCAAGAUUGUAUUCUUGUUUCCAAUUUUUAAUUCUGAGAAUGAUGUCAUUCAUAGAGCAUAAAAUAUUAAUGACUCUGUGGCACAAGUAUGUGCUUUUCAUUCCAGGGUAUGCUUCCUUGAAUUGACAUUUAAAAUUAACAUAUAAAUUAAUUUAGCUGUAGUUAAGUAAAUGUAAAUUGAUAUUUUGGCAAUGUUUCUGAGAACAAUAAAUUUAUCAUUUUCUUUUAGCCAGGAAGAUCUACUAUAUGAGAGCAUCCCAAAUGAAGAACAUGAACCCAAGAUUCUGACAAUACUGACAAACUCAUUUGUCAGUAAUAUGCAGGUUUAUAAAAUGAAUUGUUUACAGUAACUUACAUGGGUUAUGUGUUGGGCACUUGCAGCAGUGUGCCAUUAAAAUUGGGUAUUCAUUUUAUAUUAUCUUCUUUUGUUUUUCCUUUCUACAGGGUGGAUAAAACAUAUUACCGAUGUUCUCAAGGCGUAAGUCUGACUCUGCACUCCUUCAUAUCACUUGACCUGGCUGUAAAUAUAAAUCUGGUCACACAGGCUUGGCAGUGGUAUAAAGAUAUAUAUGAGUGCUGCUAAUACCACUUUUCUUUGUGCUACUGGGUAGAUAGCUGACCUGAAAUAUCAUACUCCAGUUGAAUCAGGAAUAAACAUUUACUGAUUUUCUACCUGAAUUACUAAGGCAUUCACAAAAUAAUAUGAAAAACCUGUUAUGUUUUUAUCACAAAAGGAUGUUCACUUAGGCUUCACAAGUUCUUGUGAUUUCCAGAGCAUUUAAACAAACAAACAAAACAACACAUACACAGAAACCAAAAACAAACAAACAAAAACAAGUGUCAUAAACCAAACAAAACCAACAAAAAUACCCUUUGUGGACAUAUACUCUUUGUUCUGCUUACCUAUCAAUGUGAUAUAAUCAUAGAAUCAUUUAGGUUGGAAGAGACCCUUAAGAUCGAGUCCAACCAUUAACCCAAUUCUGGCACUAAACUGUGUCCCUAAGAACUUCAUCUAUAUAUCUUCUAAACAUCCCCAGAAAUGUUGAUUCCACCACUUCCCUGGGCAGCCUGUUCCAGUGCUUCACAACCCUGUCUGUGAAUAAAUGUUUCCUAAUAUCCAAUUUAAACCUCCCCUGACACAACCUGAGGUCAUUUCCUCUUGUCGUAUCACUUGCUACUUGGGAGAAGAGACCAACACCCUCCUUGGUAUGAAGUUUAUGAGAUCAUUAUUUCUACCAUAGAAGUUAGACAUCACUGACUUUGUAGGACUCACAAACAUUUUUAGAACUUGGGAAUUUCAGAACAUUUUAUCUUAAGAAGUUAUAAUUGUGUAUAAGUGUUCAUAAGUGCAACGACUGAAAGGAAUGUAGUGACAGAAACUGAUGAUAAUGUACAUGCAUACAACUCUUGCUACAGGUCUUACUUCAAAAGUACUUAAGGGAAAAUUUAUUUUUGUACUGCUAAAUGGGAAUCACUUUUGCAUCAAUGCUUCCUAAUAGAUACUCUGCAGUCUUCACCAUUCCAUAUAUAAGGAAAAGUUUUGCAAAGUUGACACUUAAAUUGUGUGAAACCUGUUACAACAAAGUCACUGUUUAAAAUACAUAUUAUUUGUUUACAUUAUGAUUUUUUUUCUUUAAUAUUUUUAAUGCACUCAUUAUUGGAGAGCAUCUACUAUAUUAUUUAGAGGAAUAACUGUAAGUCUUUUGAGAAGAGUUCACAUUAAUUACAAACCAAGUGCGUAAUGCUCAUAAUCUCGAAUAAUAUAGAAAUUAACAGUAGAGCCCUGCAAAGCUGUGUAAAUUCUGUAUCUAUUCAAAUUCUAAAUCCAUGCUGAAAGGGAACUUCAGUAAGACGGUUGCAUCUUCUUUCCAGCUGCAGCCCAAUCUUUAAAUAACUCUACUAGAAAAAGAAUUUAAAGACGUGGACUUAAAUAAGUUAUUAAUGUGAAUAAAGGACAAAUGCUUUACAGUGUACUACCCCCUGUAAGCCUGUCUCCAAGUUUUUUGAUGAUUCACAGUGUAUCCGGGCAACAAAGUAAAUGGCAGCUUUGAAUGUAUUUCCUUUUCUUUCGUCAUCCACAUUUAUAUAUACAUAUUUUUUCCCUUCUUUUCCCUCCCAGAAGACUGGGUAGCUAUUUUUAAAAAUAGCAGUUUUAAAAAACUUAGAUUUCAUCAUCCAGUCUGUGACGUGAUCUAAAGAUAUAUUUGUCCUUGCAUGCUUUCCAACUUUUUGACCUGAGGGAAUGUCAGGAAGAUGUGCCAGGGGAAGUUUAGGUUGGACAUUAGGAAAAGGUUCUUCACCCAGAGGGUGGUGGAGCACUGGAACAGGGACCCCAGGGAGGCAGUCAUGGCCCCAAGCCUGAUAGUGUUCAAGAAGAGACUAGAAAAUGCCCUCAGACACAUGAUGUGGACUGCGGGGUUGUCAUAUGCAGGGAGAAGAGUUGGACUCAGUGAUCCUUGUGGGUCCCUUCCAAAUCAGGACAUUCUGUGAUUCUAUGACUUGUCUCCCAUUGCAAUUAAGAAAUGCUUAGACUUGUCCAUAUCUCUAACCUCUGACACAUCUACACAUCUGAGUCAUCUACACAUCUCUGUAGCUCCUUCUUGGUACCUCUAUAUUUCUGUUAUCACAUAUCCUUCAGGAGCAUCUUUAACUCCAUUCCAUGGAGUAUCUGGACCCACAGCCUAUUGCAUACCUAAAAUUUUAUAUUUACUUUUGCUUGGUUUUGUAUUGUUUCUGUUUAACUGUCAAUUUAAUAAUGCUCCUAUUUAAAAAGACCUUACAGAAUGUUAUGCUCAUGUCUAGAAUUCUAUGCUUAAGCCUGGAAUUUAAUGCUCAGGCCUAUAAACAAGAUAAGGAAGAUUAUGCUGAUUGUAUUCUUCAAGCUUCAGCUUGCAUGGAAAAAUUUCACCAUCUCUAUCCCAACUCUAGUAUAUUUAUAAUUAAAAGAGAUACUCAUGUAUUAGUUGCAAGGCUAAGUUAAUUUCUCUCACAGCACAUUUAUUCCAUCUUAUAUUUAAUUUAAUUUCAUUGUUCUGAAAUCCCAUUUUACAGGCCCUUUCUUUUCUGGAUGAUUCAUGGGAGUUGAGUGGCUUAUCCCAGAAUCUCUGCCCCUGGCAGUGUAUGGAUACCAAGGAAAAAAUUAACUCUUCUGAAUAUUGUUUCAUCACUAUAUCUAGAUCCUGGAAGUGCCUCAGCAUCCAAUUAAUUCUUCUCCUUUUGAAACCCAAGAAUUUUGAAAUAAGUUUUUGAAAAGACCAGUGAUUGCUUCAUUGUGCUUUAUUGGUAUAAUGACUGUCACUGAUUUUCAGAAAUAAACCUAUUUCAUGGUAAUAUACUCAUCUCUGAAACACAUUGAGUGGUGUGGUUGACAUGCCUGAGGGAUGGGAUGCCAUUCAGAGAGUCCUGGACAAGCUCAACAAGUGGGCCCAUGUGAACUUCAUGAGGUUCAACAAGGCCAAGUGCAACAUCCUGCACCUGAUUUAGGGCAACCCCCAGUAUUAAUACAGGCUGGGGAAUGAAGGGAUUGAGAGCAGUCCUGUGGAAAAGAAAUUGGGGUCAGGGCAGCACUGAUUCUCUUCUUGGCAGCUUUAUCCAUGUACCAUGCACCCAGAACAAGCUAAAGAAGCAGAAUUUCCCUUUCCCAGAGGUCGUGUUGACUUUUUCUUUCAGGCUGUGGUUAUCCAUGUGCUCAGUAAUCUCAUCCUUUAAUAUAGACUCUUCUAUUUUACCACAGAUGAAAGACAGGCUCAGUGGUCUGCAGUUCCAGGAUCCUUUCUGGAGCCCUGUUUGUGGAUGGAACUUACAGUGGCAAUCUUCCAGGUCCCUGGCUCAGUGGCUGUUUGUAAUGACAGGUUACACAUUUUGGCCAGCAGCUCUGCAAUUUCACAUUUCAGUUCCUUCACAGCUCUUGGAUGAAUGGCUGCUGAUCCUGGUGACUUAUUGACAUCUAACUUAUUCUAUGUGGUUUAAUAUUUCAUGUAUACUUAGCUCAAAUUGAUGUAGCUCCCAACUGAUCUGCUACAAAAAAUGUACCGUAUGUUAGAAACUCCCCAACAUCUUUAAUGGUAAAAAAUAUAUAUAUAUACAAAAAAUAAAUUUCAUAUUCUCUCCUCUGGCCUUAUCCUCAAAUGCCACUUUAACACCUUUAUCAUCAGGUGGUCCAGAUGUUUCAUGAGCUAGCUUCCAGAUUCUGAGGUAUUCAAAGACCUUUUUAUUAUCAAUAUGAGUAUUUUUUACUAAUUCAUUCACACUUCCUAUAUUUUCCUGUGCACAUAUGAUAUGCCAUGUUUUUACUUCUCUCCUAAUUUGAACUUUUUCUUUUUUUAAGUCAAUCCUUUCUGCAUAAUAGCCAUCUUAAGUUUUCUGUUUAGCUAUGCACAGUCUUUACUGGGUCAUUAUGUUUUGUUUUCAGAGCAGUUUACCUGGGCUUCAAAUAGAGUAUUUUCAAAUAGCCUCAAGGCUGCUUGCAGGCUUCUUGCUUUUUGGAGUAUUCAUUUUAGGGGUAUUUUUGCUAAUUGCCUCAUUUUUAUGUAAUUUCCUUUCCUGAAAUCAAAUGCGGGAUUUAUUUGGCUUGCUCUCUCCCACUGCAAUAUGAAGCCUAAUUUUAUUCUGAUUGCUGUUACAGAGUGCUCUUCAAUUAAUAUCAUUUGAAUUAAUUCCUAUGCAUUACUCAGGACCAAAGCCCAAAUGGCAGCUUUUCAUCAUUUCUGAGGUUAGUUGUUCUAGGAUGCAGUCAUUUAUUGCAUACAACAGUCUUACCUCUACCUCUUGUCCUGAGGCAGCGGUGAUACAAUCUGUAUAUGUGCAGUGAAAAUCUCACGCUAUCGCAAAUUCUUAAGUUUAAAAUAUUACUUAAUCACUUUCACCCUCAAGAUCAACAAGUGCAGAGUAUCAUCUUAGUACUAUCUGUUCAUUAUUAUUAAAGUAUGUGAUUUUCACUCAGAAUUCCAUACUGCUUCUCUUUUCCCACAAUAUUUUUAUGCUGUUAAAUUUUAUAUUUUCCUUCACAUACAAUGUCCUCACCAAUGCCUCUCAUUCUGUCAUCCUUCUAAGCUGGUAGCCUGGCAACACUGUAUCCUAUCAAUUAUCCUUUCACCAGGUCUCAGAAAAGCCUAUUGUAUCAGGGUUGCUGUUUAAUACCAAAAAUUCUGGUUUCUUCAUCUUGCCUUUUGCCAUUGGUGUAGAAGCUAGAAUUUGUUGGUUUUGAACUUGGUCUAAUUUUGCGAUGCUAGUCAGCUGCCAUUUUAGGCAAAAGCUGACUUGCCUUCCCUAUUUCCAUUUAUUGCACUUCUGGCUUUUUCAGAGCUGUACUGAAUAUCAUCCAGGUUACCCUGCCAAGUUGAAUCUGAAUGACGUGUUUCUCCUUGCUUGUUAACAUUAUCCCCCUUUCUAGUCUGAAUAAUCCUGUAUUACUGUCUUAAUUUUCAAAGCCGGCAGUUUGUCUCUCUGGAUUAACACAAAGCCUGUCCUUCCUUUAUGGGUUCCUUUUGUCUCAAAAUGUUUCCCGGUUUUCAGCAAGGACUGACGUACCUGUCCUUGCUUCACCAUGGUCUCAUCUGCACACCGCAGCUCUGGAUCGUUGCCUGUCUCUCAUGCUUCAUUCUCUGGAACUGGCAGCAUUUUGGAGAAUGAUAUGAUGAAAAUCCUAAAUUGGGUCUUCUAUUGGGCAGCCCAAACAGCCAACCGGAGCAUCACUCAUGCACCGCCCCAAGUCACUGAUACCAGCUCAAAUCACAACUCCUGGAUCCUCCCAUACAUCUUGCUUCUUUUCAUAGGCUGUUGCUGAGCACCCUUGGUGAAAGAGCUGUCACACUGGCUUAGAGGUAUGGUCUCAUCUCAGACUUUUUAUCUUUUAUUUUCUGCUCUGCACUCUCUCUCCACAAGACUUCUUGACAGUGGAUGGGUACCCACUCUGAAGCAUCCCGAUACAUAGAUGUUAUGUUUGUACCUCUCUGUUUCUGCUAGCUGUGUUUUCAUUGACUCUCAAAAGAACAGACCCAGUCUGCCCAAAGAGCUCCUUGCACAGCAUGCACACAUAUAGUGUAAGUCCCACAGGUAGUUAAUUCUCCCCUCAUCUGAUUCUAUCAUUAUUAAGCUACUAAUAGCUAGCAACAAAUGAGAUAUACGCAAGAAUGGGGGCAGUGGAGAAGUGUGUAUUAGGAGUAACUUCAUAAAUAUGAAACGAGCAUCAGCAAUCCAUGCUAAUGAUAUGGCAGCCAGUAAUUUCAAUUACCACUGUGUCAUAAACUAACUGAGCCUUUGGAUAAACUGGGGAACUAAUUAUAGGAAGAUAUAUGUAAGAAAAAAAUGUACACAAGAGACAGAAAAAUUAACAAAGAAUGAAUUACAAUACUUGUUUACAUCAUUAGAUACAGGUAUUUAUACUAAAAAUAAGUUGGUUCCAAGCAGAUUGAGUUUAUGCAAGAUACAAAAUAUUGGUGCUCAAAAGUAUAAGAUAUUCUGCAUUCAUAUUAUGUUCAAAGGACACAAUAACUGGGCAGCUAUGGGUAGUGAAAACUGUUUUAUCUAUGUGCCAAAGGGGGAACAACCUUGGACUUUUUUUUUUUUUUCCUCUACAUGACAUACUAAAAGAAUGAACUGAUGAAAUUAAUCACAGCAUUUCAUUUCUAGUACUUAGCUACCAUACUUAACAUAUGGAUACCUACUACACUACAUCAGUACAAUGGUUUAAUUGCUUGGACUUUAACCAUUAAUAUAAGGAUAUGAGUAGAAUUAGAUAGGACCGUUAUACAGUACAGCAAAAGUUAUUUAAAAAAAAAAAACCUAACUUGAAUUAGGCCAAAAGUUAACAUCUAAAAGUCUGCCCCAUUUUAAAUUUGUAGGAACAUUCAAAUCUCAUGAGAUGCAAAUAUUUCAUUUUUAUGAUUCUAAUAAACAUAUUUUAGCUUUUAACCAUUUUAACUAUGACUUAAAUAUUAAAAGAAAGUCAAAUAAGGAGAAAAUGUUUUGUAGAUGUCAACUUAAUUCAGAUAAUAUUGAAAAGUAUUUCCGCCUCUUCUGAGAUACAACUCUUUUUAAGCCAUCUUUUACCAAAAAAAAAGAUUCCAGCUGGAAUGUAAUUUAAAACUUUUCAUGCAUAUCUAGACAGGACACUGGCUGUUUGACUUAGUAGUUAAAUAAAGCAUAGAAGUCAAGCAGUUUAGUUACCUCAGUUCUAUUCCUGGCAUGCCAAAUUUAAUUAUUUAGCUGUUUAUUUCAUCUCAUGUAGACAAGGCACAUUUUUCAUAUGUUGACUACUAAAAUCAAAACAAUUAAGGCCAAAUUCUCAGUACUCAUAACCUUGAAGAAUUAUUUUCUGGUGAACAGUAUUUUGAAAAUGAAAACUCUCCAAAAUUUCUUAUACAAGGUUUAGCUGUGAAUAUACUGUUAUUCUUUGCUGAAUUGAUUACUGUCCACUGGACCCUUCAGAAUUGUAUAAUGUUUUCAUACAAAAAAAAAAAAAAAAAAAAAAUCCUUACUGCACUUUAUUGUAUAGGAGAAACAUCAGAUUCUAAAGGUUGAUUUUAAGUACCAUACAAACCUACAAUGGUGAAAAUGAAGAUGACUUCACCAGCCCAAACUACAGAGAUACAAAGAUGAAUCAGCUCCUCAAGAGGGGACUUUUCUGGUUGUGGGUACAGGGGAGAAAUGAGAGGAGCAAGUUCAAAGGAACCUGGCUUAAGACAUAGAAGGCUGAGGAAAGACUGAGUUAACAACUAGUAGUAUGGCGAGGAGAAAGGCAGAGUAAGAAUCCUAUUAAAAUACACUAACAACUACUAGAGCGCUUUGGUCUCAUGGAUAUCCAUGGUAAACAGCUGUCUGAAUGACUUUAAUCCUAGCAUUUUCACCAUUUUCAUAUCUAUUUCUCUCUGUUCUGUCUGGUGUUAAUUCAAGUGAUAUAAAACCUUUAUGAUAGUUAUAUUAUGUUGUAAACUUCAAGUACUUUGACCAUCUAGUGCUGUCAUAAAGGCUACACAGCUCUCUGUACCUGUACAAUGCUACACCUUCUUGAUGAGAGUUCUUCAGCAUCAAUCAGAAAAUAAAGUUGGAUUCAUAAUAUUAUUUUAGUAUGUUAGAAUUCAUACUGACUCCACAUGGAAUAAUCUAAAAAGAUCAAAGGUUCACAACAGGCUUUGUCUUUUCUAAAGAGAAAGUGUUUUCAGUUGAUAAAGUCUAAAGCAUUAGAGCUAGCAGGUAAGAAAGCGGCUACACAAAAAAAGCAUCUCUCCCUUCUGGGAGUAUGAUCAUGCUCCUUCACUGCCUUCUUAAAUUGCUUUCAGUGAGUUUGCCCCAUUCCUAACAGCAUUUCGCAGUUUCCCAUCACAGCAAAAACUGAUGUGGGAGAGCUUGAUAUUACAGUCUGUUUCUCAGUAGAUAGAUAAGACCUCAACCAGUAUAAAUAAUGCACAUGACUACCCAGCAGGGACUCUUUAUUUGAUAGUAUCAUGUGAUUUACCGUAUCAAACACUUUAAGAAAAAUCUAAAGCUGUUGUGCUACAUUUCUCACAUUUAUCAAAUUCAACAAAAAUUUUGUUACUCAGAUUGAUCUAUGCUGCCUCAAGAAGUCAGCCCAAGCUUCAAGGCAAACUGAUUUGUAAGAAUAUAUCCCUUGUAGAAAUGUAACACUCAAGUUGUGUGCUCAUAUUCUGUUCAAAAUAAGAUCAGUAGGAGUGAUAUGCAUGUUUUUGUGGGUUCAGGUACAGUUUCACAUUUCAAAACUGAAUUUUAUGUUCACAUUGCCAUAAUCAAAAGUACAUUGAGAAAGAAAUAACUAUAUGUUUUUCUACAGGAGAGUUCAGCUACUGAAGGAAUUCUGCUUCCUUACUGUGUAGACUAUGGGUCACUUCUUUCUCUUCAACUUCUAUGCUUGUUUUUUUGCCAUAAAACUAAUAACUUUUUGCAUGAAUUUUCAUUUAGAAACAACAUGCAGUUAUCCAUUGAGUAAAGGUCUCUGAAUUUAGUAUGGGAGGAAGGGUUUCAAGAACUUGAAUGUUGUGCCUGCAUCAUGCUGAGUGAAUACACAUUUUCACAACAUCCAAAGAGUGGGGACAUUAAGAAACUGGGACACCUCACUAGCAGUGCUGAUCAAUUCAACUGUUAUCAUGCCUCAGAGGAAAAAGUCUUACACAAAAAUAUGCCUCACCUUAGGAGAUCAAAGCUGUUUUAAAGCUUUUUUUUUUUCCAAGCCUCUUUUAAUGUUAGCAGCAUCAAGCUCAUUAGAAACAACAACAACAAAAACAAGAAAAAGAGACAUUUAAGAUGGGAUCAGUAAAUUAAAAAGAAGCUUUGAUAUCUAGUAGAAAUUAGUGAUAGAAAAAAAUUUCUGUAAUAAAAUGAGACCUGGAGAACUGAUUAUGUCAGAAGGAUGGAAAUCAAAUUUUUAAUGUCUCACUUCUUCAGUACAAAACAAUUGCAGGGCAGAUUCUAUCUGUUAUAGGGGAAGCAGUGGGGAAAGUUGUAGUGUAAGGAACAAACCACCUAGGCAAAUACAUAAGCCUAAUAAAGCAAUUUUAAUGAAAUGUUUAUGGAAAUGAAAAAACAUUAACCACAGAUUUGUCCAAUUGUUACGUAUCAUACAAAAGAAUAACACACUGAAAAUAACAUGCCAUUAACUAGUGCAAAAUAGCAUACCAUAAAUGUCACGCUUGUCCCCAAAAGAAUGUGUGAAGUGUAUAAACAAGAGUUUUAUCACCUUACUUCCAUUUUCAGUUCAAUUUGUUUGACUUAAAAGCUUCAGCAUUUAGAACUUGAUACAAUGAUUACAAUCUUCACCUCAUGAGAAUGAGUUAAUUUCCUUUUCCAUUUCCAUUAAAACUGUACCAUUUUCAGUUUACUUUAUUCUCUCUCAAAAGAUUGGGAGUUCUGAAUUUUAAAGCUCUGGAAUAUCUCUGAAAGACAACAGUUUGCUAGACAUGUCAUCCUUUUAAAUAAUCUCUGUUUUUGCUACUUGUCCCUUCCAAUGUUUGUUACUGGCUGUGGGAGCUAGGUGAGUGACACUCUGCUCCACAACUCUAUUUCAUUGGAAAAGACAGUGAGGACUGACAGCUCAGCCUUACUCAGUGAAAACUGCAUCUGGGAUGAACAUCGUUGCCUGAGAUUCAUCCCAGCCAGGGCCAAGCACUGUUACUAUUCAGAAGAGACACCAGAAGAGACUGGCAGGGACACCAGCUGCCUGGAUGGGUGGAUGGAUGGAUGGAUGGAUGGAUGGAUGGAUGGAUGGAUGGAUGGAUGGAGAAAUUACUCAGAGCUCAGACUCCACAUUUUUGCUUGUCUGUUUGUUUGUUCUUGCCAAAUGGUUGAGUGAAAUAUUGUUUCUGAAUCUAUUCAAAACUUCAAGUGGCAAAGAUCUUACAAUACAAUUUACUGAAUUAUGAUUCAUCUCAGUGUCCCAGGGUAAGGUGUAUUUCCACUUAGUAAAGAAACCACAGUUGUUAGUUUUUUCAGCUGCAAUUCCUACUAUUUAAAGUAUAUUUUUCCUCCUUCCAACAUGAAUUUGUAGAAACUGCUUAUUGUGCCUGUAGUACUAGACCUUUGCCACCUAUUUCACCAGGUGUGAAAGAUGGAUGUCCUUUUACAUUGCAAGGAGAAUAUUCUACUGCCUACAGUUUCAUUUCCAAUUGGUUUCUGGAUGACUUCCAAGAUGUUGCUUUUAGCCUGCAAAGUACUAGAUGUUUUAGACCUUUAUUACUCUUUCCCUUCCAUGCAAAUUUAAUAAGCUAAAAUUAUCUGAAGCCGUUGAUGCAAAUUGGAAACACUUCUUUUCAAACCCCUGCCCUCCCUGCUCACACACACCAUGCACACACCAAAGCUUGAACAGGAGAUGACAGCCAACUAUGCUUUCUCCAUGAAAGGGAUGUGAUCUACAAUUAUUUUUUCUACUUAGACCAUUACGGUGUGGAUAUGCUGAACAUCAGAGCAAAUUUCAAAACCUGGCAAUUUUUCUAAGUUGUGAAAAAUGUUACGUAGAAGAGUGGAUGAGAAGGUAUAGUUUUAUUAUUGCUACAGUACUGCCACCAACUCCUACCUGUAAUACUCAAAAAAAAAAGGAAGAAAAGCUUAUUAGAUAUAAACAUGAGUCCAAGUGCUGAAAUCCUAAAUACAGUUGUUACAACUAACUGAUACCAUUCUGACAAAGGCCAUUUUUGUUUGCAUAAUGGAAGUGUACUAUAUAUCUUAAUUGAAUUUUAAGAUCAUUUGGAUUAUGUAGUAUGACCUCCUGUAUGGUGUAAACUGGAUAAAUUUGUUUAUUUGGACUAAAUUCUUCAUUUACAAUAAUUUAGUAUUAUAAAAUAAUAGUUAAUGCAAAUGGAAUAGCCUGGGCAGCUUAAGUCUGUGUUUUUCUCUUUUUGAGCUUAGAAUUGCUGAGUUUGCAUUUAAUGUCUUGUGUGGCUAUACACCCUACAGCAAUCACUGCUGCAAAGCCACUGCAAAGUGGCAAUUCAGACACUGAAUGUUCAGUUUCAAAAAAAUAACCCUGAAUAAAAACACUUUAACAGUCAUUUUGCUUGGAUGAUGGCUGCCUAAAGUUAGACUUUGACUUUAAAUGCAGGUUUUUCACUGUUUUUGUCCUCCACAGAGGACUGAUAAUUAGAAAACAACUCACAAAUUAUAAUGUAGAGUGAAUUUUCCAUCAGCAAACCAAAAAGAGAAAUUUCUGGAAUUUCAUCUAGCUGCACACUUAUUUAUCAUGGCUUUUAAUUUAAAGACAGGAAAAUCCUUGCUCAAAACAAUCAUCAAAUGUCUCUGCUUUUUAAAUGGUUUUGGGUUGACAUUAUUUUAAAACAUAGUACUUAAUCACUACAAUUUUGGUUUUAUUUAGGCCAAGGUUUGGGAGUUUGCAUCUAAAUUAGAUAUGCUUUAGUCUUGAAACGAAUGUGCAAUUUAUUUUUGUAUAGUGAAUGUCCUUCUGUUGCUAUGGAAACCAGAUGUUUGAUAAUUAAACUUGUGCUGUAAAUAGCCCUGUGCUGGCAUGUGAAAGACUACUCUUUACAAGUUGCUAUCCAGCCGAAUGGUUGUGUUUCUUGUCUAUUGAAAAAUUGGAAGUAAAUUAGGUGAAAUAACUUCCUCUGAAACCAGCUUUAAAAGGCAAUAACUUUGCUAGAGUAUUUUAAAUAAUACUAGGAAAACAUUAUUGGAGUUUGUGGCUAUUCUGCAGGUCAGAACCUAUCAUUGCCUACCUUCUUCCAGUUCUAUUUGCCUGUUAUCUUCCACUCACAGAAAAAUGAACAUGAACAAUAAAAGUGGAAACAUAAAAGUCUUCUUCAGCUAAGAAGACAGACAUGAACUGCAGCCUAACCAAUGAGGGUCUACCUCAUCCAGAGCUCAAAAAUAUAUUUUUAACUCAUAAUGGCAAUGUGGAGCAAAAAAUGUAUCUUGAUUAACCAUAGUGGAUUUUCCUUUCUACAUCCCAUGACUGGUAGGUCUCUGUGGACGGCAGACAACCAGCACAUUCCUUCUGACGGUGGUGUGGAAAAAGGCCUGAGAAUGAAAUAGAAGAUGAACUGGUUGUAUAUAUCUGGCCAUGCCAUUUCUGUGUCUACAAAGCACAACUAAGGCAACAAAAUAAAGAGUUGGAAUUUGUGGUUUUAGUCUCAACAAAGACAAAGUUCCUUGUUGAGGAACAAGGAGACCAUCUAUAAGUAACAAGACUACUAUGGAUAAGUAAUAAGACUAAUAUAGAUCUAUAUUUUAUUAUGAUUUAUAACUCUGAAUUCAUCAAUGGAUGUAGUGAGAUAUUAAAAUAGUGUUUGAAAAUAUCUCUUGUACACUGAAAACAAGAAAGAUUAAGUGUGGUUUCAACUUUUCACUAAACAUUGAAAUUCUAAUAAAUACUUUUU